AUGAAUAAUUCAAUACAUAACCCUCAACACAAUAUAGGGGCCCCCACUGGGGUAACAGGGGGGGGGCCCCCCAUGGGGGGCCCCCCCCCUGCUUGUACCUCUCCUCCUGUUGCGUCGCAGACACUUUCCCCUACUGCAACAGCAGCAGCAGCAACAGCAGCAACAACAGCAGCAACAUCACAAGAAGCUCCCUCUACUGUACCCACGGGGGCCCCUUCAGGAGGCCCUGCUGGGGCCCCUACAACAGUACCAGGGGGCCCCCAUGUUGCUACACCAGGAUCAGGGGUUCCCCAUUCUACACCAGUUGGAGGUCCCCCAGGGGCUCCUGUAGGGGGCCCCCAAGCAGGAGUGGGCCCCCAAGGGGCCCCCCAAGGGGCCCCUCAUGGAGGGGCCCCUACAGGGGUAAUGCGUUAUAGAGGGAAUGUAAAUAGGGGUACAACUGGGGUGUAUGGGCAGCAGCAAACCCCUCAGUUCUUUGUAGACCAGAAAAGGGGAGAAUUAUAUGAAUUACGUAUAUUAUUACAACAUUUAUUAAUAGAAAAAGAUUCAAUACGUAGACAAGAAGUACUAAAAAGAUUACUAGCUUAUAUGACUAUAGGUAUAGAUGUUUCUUCUCUUUUUCCUGAUGUUAUUAUGCUCUCAUCUACUAAUGAUAUUAUACAAAAAAAACUUGUAUAUUAUUAUCUUACUAAUUAUGCAGGUGACACCAAUUCAUCUGGAUUUCGUGAAGUAUUACAAAGAGAAUACCAACAAUUCUUUUGUCGUUAUAAUGAUCCUUCUUAUAUUAAAUCUGUUAAAUUAGAAAUAUUAACACUAAUUGUUAAUGAGCUAAUAGGUCAAGUAGUUGAUGCUGUAGAGAAGUAUGGAUUAAGGGUUACGGGGACAGACCUCGCCUCUGUUCUUUGGAUCCUUGGGGAAUUUGGUGAAGAAAUUCCUUCUUCUGUUUUUAUGGUUGAGACAAUUGCUGAUCGUUUCCUUGAGGAACCACCUAUAGUACACUUUGAUGUAAGAGAUAAGGCGAUGUUUAUAUACAGACUUAUGAAGGCAGAUAUGGAGGCCGCCAAGACUGUCUUUACGACGCCUUUGCCCCCCAUAGAUGUUGUUAGAAAGGAGAUUCCUGCAUCCUAUCAAGAAGCAGCACUAAGAGAUUUUAAUACUCUUGCUGCGGUGUAUAGACAGCCAAACUUGUUGGAUCUAUCCUCUACCGGCCGUCCUCGCCUCAGGUUAAAACAAAUAGAGACAAUGAAUUGUAAUUCUUUCCAACAAAUGUGGGAGGGAGCAGCAACCUCUGUAAAUAAGACCUACAGCAGCAGCAGCAGCAGCAGCAGCAGCAGCAGCAGCAGCAGCAGCAGCAACCAGCAGCAGCAGCAGCAGGAAGAGGUUAUUAUGCCUUCUCUUGAGCAGCUAGAAGCUGCUGCUGCUGAUGCAAAUAUCGCUACUAUGGCUAGCGGAGUUCUUGAUAACAAUGUCUUAAAACUCUUCUUAUAUGCAAAGGACGAUACAGAGUAA